AUGUCGUCCUUGAUGGACCUCGUAGCUCAAAACCAACCAAAAUUCCAAACACAUCAAGCGCUGCUCAUCAUCGGCAUGCAAAAUGACUUUCUACUAUCAGAUGGUCGGUUGCCCGUCAACAUCAAAAAGGGAUUUCUCGAGCGCAUCCAGACUCUCAUCCCCAAGUUCCGCGAACUCAACGGGAACGUCAUCUGGGUCCAAACACUGUAUGAAGCAGAUCGCAUCUCAUCAGACCCAAAUACUGGCGAAGGAGAUGCGCUGGUGGUCGGCGGCUUGGUCGACGGAGAUGAGAGCAGCACGGAGGGAGGCGACGAGGAACCAGCCACACCCGUCAAAGAAGCGGCAAAGGAUGUACCGCCGGCACAAUCAAGAUCUUCAAAACACAAACAACGCGCCCUGGAUCUACUAAAACGGGUUUCGGCACGAAGGAAAAAUAUCCCCCAGGAAGUCGCAAAAGCCACGGCCGAGGAAGAUGACGAGUUAUUCCUGCUCAAAAGCGAGAAGAAAACGCCGGCGUGUGUACCCAACACGUUGGGUGCCGAGUUCGCUGAUGUGAUUGCGAGACAGUUUGAGCUGCCGGCUGACAGUGUGAUCCGCACGACGAACUACUCGGCUUUUCAAGGCACCAAUCUUCUCAUGACACUACGAGCAAGACUCGUGACCGAGCUUUACAUUUGUGGAUGCAUCACGAACGUGUCUGUGCUUGCAACUGUCAUUGACGCGGCACGCCAUGGCGUCAAGAUCAACGUGAUACAAGAUUGUCUCGGAUAUCGCAAGCAAACCCGUCACGAGCUUGCUCUCAAGCGCAUGGACGAGUUCUUCGACGCAUAUCUAGUCAACAGCGAAGAGAUCAUGGCCCGGCAACCUCCACUGCCUCAACCUGCCCCAUCGUCCCCAUCAAACGGCUCAAAGAAUGGCUCAAGAGGCAACGAAAAAUCCUGUGAUCGAACGAGUGGUAGGCUGUCGCAAAUCGAGGAAACGCGACCAACAUCCCGCACUGCGAGCCCAAGAUCGCCUACCGCAAAGGUACUCACUGGCAAACAGCGCACUCUUUCCCUAGUAUCAGUGGCUGAAAAUCGAAAAGCCGCUCAAAAUACUGGUGCCACGACAACCAACCCCACAACAGAGGUCCAGAUUGAACCGAGUGAUAAGGACUUUGCAGACAUGUUGGUAAAGGGUGCGACGGUGCCGGGUACGCAAGAAAAUGAGGCAGAGCCCGAGAAGCCGAAGCUUGUACAGACCAAGAUACGUAUGCGGUCGAAGGAGAAGAGGAAGAAGAAAAGAGAAAAGGAAAGAGAGGAAGCUCCAUCCAACGACAAAGCUGAAACGGGAGGUGCAGACGGCGAACUUAGUGUACCAGCGGCAAAUGGUUCCCCUAUUGAUUCACCUACCACGACGACCGCCAAAUCACCCCAGGCAACCACUGACUCGCAACGGACAUCAUGGAUUGCAAAAGCGGGGAGUGUGAUGGAUCUCCGCGAGAAGGGGAAUAGACCGCAAUCUCUGAAGAGCGCGGCUUCUGUACCUGUAUUGUCUAACAAGAACGAGGAAACGGACAGGAACCGGUUGUCCGAUCUUUCGGGCCGUGUGCGUUUGUCGUUAUCUAGGGCGCCCAAAUCAGAGUCUUCUGAACCAAAGAAGAGUGCGGGGACUUCUUCUACGAAAGGCCCUAUUACACUUGCAUCUACAAAGAAGGGGGAGAAGCAGGCUGAUCAGUCUGCCUCCAGCUUGAAAGAGGAGUCUCCAUCAGCAACCCCUGCACCCAUGGCAGAGACUUCUGUAAAGUCUGUCGAUGUGGAAGAGUCAAGGCAAGGGUCCUCAAUACUCUCGACGCCAACCGGUACGCCGAAAGUAAAAGGCUCGAAACUACCCUCUCUCGCUACCUUGCCUGUGUUAGGACCUGACGAUACAAUCGGUGAAGGCGAUUCUCAUAUUAUAUACGACUUUUUCCCUCCAACGCUCUGUGAUCCCAUUGGCUCAUCUUAUCCUCUGAAAGACCACAUUUUCAAACAACUCUUCAAUGAAGUCCAAUGGCAGAGGAUGUUGCACCAACAAGGCGAGGUCCCGCGUCUUGUUUGUUGUCAAGGUGCUUUUGGAGACGAUGGUUCUAUGCCAGUGUACCGACAUCCAUCCGAUCAAACACUACCGCUCCUACACUUUUCGCCCAAGGUGCAGCUCAUCCGUCGACGAGCAGAGAAGAUUGUCGGCCAUUCUCUGAACCACGUAUUGAUACAGCUGUAUCGAUCAGGCAGCGAUUACAUUUCUGAACACUCGGACAAGACGCUUGAUCUCGUGGCCGGGUCCUCCAUUGUCAACGUAAGUUUCGGUGCUCAACGUACCAUGCGGCUACGGACGAAGAGAGCUUCCAUCCAUCCUACGGCUACGCCCAACAGCUCCCCAACCAAUCCAUCAGAUUCGACAAAGGAACGUAUAACGCAACGCAUACCCCUUCCUCACAACUCCCUCUUCACCCUCGGUCUCGGAACCAACGCUUCCUUCCUCCAUGGCAUCAUGCCAGAUAAGCGUGCGCCGUGCGACCGUAGUCCUGCUGAGCUGGACUACGAUGGGAUACGCAUCAGCCUUACUUUUCGCCAUGUCGGCACUUUCAUCGAUGCCAGUGAAACCAUCAUUUGGGGGCGCGGCGCAACAUCCAAGCAGCAGCGCGAUGCAGCCGAUGUCAUCAAUGGGGACGCCGAGGAAAGCGAGAAGCUAAUUCGAGCCUUUGGGAAAGAAAAUGCCGGGCUUGCCCAAGGUAAAGACGCGUGGCAAGACUGCUACGCUUCCGGAAGCGAUGUUUUGCACCUACGCUCUGUACCCCAAGGACACGCUUUGCCCCUGCUAUUCCUCUCCGGCAACGAAAUCGAGGACAAACAAGUCCAGAUCUGCCUCGCCGAGGCCAAACUCAACGUCACCGUCAUUCCCGCUCCUGCACUCGACUCGACAACGUAUGACAACGGCACACGCACCGUCUUGUUCAGAGACACCGAUCCCCAUCACACAGAAGUCCUCUCUCCUUCCUCCAUCCUACCCUACAUAGACCGCUACCACCCACUCGACACAUCCCCACACAGCCGCCCCUGCACCGCCCGCGCCCACGCCCUUCUUCAUACCAUCAACGCCCUCCUCACUGCACACCGCGCCAGCCACACCUGCAAUCUAGCCAUCCACCUAGCCACGCUCGAAGAACAACUCUCAACGCACUCGGGCCCCUUCAUCGCAGGCCCAAAAUUCAGCUUCGCGGAUGCGGCCGUCUGGCCCGUUCUUCACGCUCUGGCUCGUGCUGGUGCGGAUCGUGCCGAGGAGGGCGGAGAUGGGAUGCCAGGGGCUGGGUUUUUGGGGUUUCCCUGUUUGGAGGAGUAUUAUAGGGGGACGUGGAGGAGGAAGGCGUCUGUGAGGAAGGUUGAGGAGGGGUUGGUGGAAGUGGGGAGGGAGGGUGAGGGUGAGGAUGUGGGUGCUGGGAUGGAAGGGCGGGAGGGGGAGGGUGGGGUUGAGGACAAGGCGAAGGCGAAGGCGGUAUGA